AUGGGUAAAGUUGACCAUCAAGAAGAAACAACAGAGACUAAACAAAACAAUCAAAUUAAACGACAAAGUUCUGAAUUAAUGGAAAUUGAUAAUACGUUUAAUUUUGAUAAUAAAAAGGAAGAGUAUGUUGAUAAUCCAUUUGGUGAAGUUAGUGAUGACGAACUAAAAGAAGUUGAUGUUCCUACGAUGAAGUUUGAACCAAACAAUAAGUCAACAACAAAUAACUUAUUCUCAUUUGAUUUGGAUGAACCAAAGAAAGAAAAUAAAAAUCUUUUUAAUUUUGAGGAAUCUGCUGAAGAACCAACCAAAGAAGUUGAUAAUCCUUUUGCUACAAAUGAAACUGAACCAUCUGUCGAUUGUCCAUUUGAACCAAACAAUACAGAACCAAAUAAAGUGUCAAAUCUCCCAGAAGUUGAUAAUCCUUUUCAAUGUAUUGAAGAAAAACAGAACAGUCAAAGUCCAGUUGUUGUAGACAAUCCUUUUGAUUUUACUGAUUCAUCUAAUCAACCAAAACACCAAGACCAAGUAGUAGACAAUCCUUUUGACUUCUCAGGCAAUGAAAAUGCAAAAGAAGAAAAAGAAGUUGACAACCCAUUUGGAAAUUUUGAAGAGUCUAAAAGCGAAACAUUACCAGAAAUUGAUAAUCCUUUUGAAUCUUCAUCAAACGCAAAUACUUUGUUCCAAUUCUAA